GCGCACAUUAUAUACAAACUUACAAAGUGUGUCUCCACUCUCCACCCGCUCUCAAUUCUCAAACCCCCAAAAAUGGCAACCCUAAAACCCGACCCGCUCCUUCAUCGUCUUCGAAACGCCGAUGACCAUAGGCUGAAACGCUUCAGGCGCAGGCUCUGCGACGCCGUUUUGGCCCGCAUUGCCGCUUCCGAACCCUCCAAACCCAUCGACUCCGACCGCCUCAAGUCCAACAUCGAGCGCGGCCUCCGGCUGCUCAUCCCGGCAUUCCACAUUCCGAAUCACCCUCCUUAUGCCUCGAUGAUUCAGAGGGCAAUAAAGGUGUUGAAUGAGGAUGGUGGGGCGAGUGAGGGGGGCAUAUCGGAGUUUAUCAAAAGGGAAUACAAGGAUUUGCCAUUGGCACAUGAAGGUUUUUUGAGGCAUCAUUUGAGGAAGCUUUGUGAGAGUGGAGUGGUUGUGAGUUUGAAACGUGGGAGGUACAAUGUUGCGAAUCAGGAUGAUGAAGAUGAUGAUGGGAAUGUGGAGGAUAGAGAGUGCCAUAGCAAAAGGCGGGAGGGGAAAGGAAGAGUACCGGGUAGACGGCAAGGAGUUGAGGAUGAGGAUGGAGGUAGGGAGGAAGAGGCGCAUAAAAAAGUGUUUGGAGAAAGCAUUGCAGAGAUGCAGCUAAAAGAUAAAGGUGACGCGGGGGAAAAGCAAGAGCAUUUUGGAGUGACUGAAGACCAAUGUGAACCAGAAACAAAGCAAAUGCAAAUGGCAAGCAAGGAGUUGGAUGAAGGGGGUUUGAGUGAAGAAGGAAUAGUGGCAUUUGUUGAACCGAAAUAUAACCAUGGAGAAGUGGUUAAAAAGGAAACGGUAAAAGAACAUAUUGAAGCUGAAGUGAUCAAAGAAAAUCAUCAUAGAAAAGAAGAGCAAAGUAGGAAGAUAUUUAAGCAAAGCGAACCACAAGCUCAAAAUGUUAAAGUCGGAACUAAGAUAUUGGGCAUAAGUUUGGAAGGUGGGAGGUACGAUGUUGGGGUUAAGGAUGGUGGUGAUGGGGGCGUGGAGGACAGAGAGUGCAGGAGUGAAAGGGGGCUGGGAAGGGUACAGGGUAGACAGGGCAGAAAUGAGGAUGGAGGUAGGGAGGAAGGGGAGCAAAAUGAAGGUUUUGGAAAAAGCAUGAUGGUGGGAAGACACAAUGAAGAAAAGCAAGAGCAUUUUGGAGUGACCGAAAACCAAUGUGAAUCGGAAAUGAAGCUAAUGCAAAUGAUUGAGGAACAAUUUGAUUUUGAGAGGGCAGGCAUAGAGUUGGAUGGGGAAGGGGGUUUGAAUGAAGAAGCAAUAGUGGCAUUCCCCAAACCAGAAUAUAACCCGGGGAAAGCAAAUACAAAUGAAAUGAUAAAAGAAAAAACUGAAGCUGAAGUGAUCGAAGAAAAUCAUCACAGAGAAGAAGUGCAAAGUGGGGAGACCUAUGAGCAAAACGAACCACAAGCUCAAGAAGUUGAAGUCAUCGAAAAUCACUGUCAUCCGCAAUCAGUAAAAAUCAGAGAGUCUGGAGAUGUAGUCCAAGGGCAAAAUUUUGAGGUUGGAAGUAAGAUAUUGGAAUGCCAUGGUGAUGAAAACCCGAAGACUCAAUUAAAGGGACCCUUCGCUCCUGAUGGUCAGCAACAGAAACCACCACUGCAAGGACAAGUAAAGGGACGUAGAGGAAAGCCUCGUAAACCAAGAAAAGAUUCGGAAAGUUCUUGGCAAUGGGUACCCUUUGUUCCUGAAAGUCCUCAUGAGGAGCAGCCACCAAAGCGUCGAGGCAGGCCUCCUAAAGCUAGAAACAAUGUGGAUGUAAGCACUAGGGCAUUGGUACCUGAACAUGAUCAAAAUGAGCAGCCACCAAGGGGCCGAGGAAGAGGGAGGCCUCGUAAGCCAAAACAAGGCGGAGGGGAGCCUUCUCUACCUUCUCAACCCCAUCAUCCACAGCAGCAACCGCAGCGCAGAGGCAGAGGAAGGCCUCUUAAACCAAAAUUAGUUGCAGAAAAUGCUGAGAUCCCAGAGAAGCUUGAGAUUGAGCAGUUGCAGUGAGGACCAAAAACAGAAAAAUUGCUCCAAAUGCGUCCUGGAAGUCGUAGUGACAUAUUGCUCUCAAAUAGGAAGUCACAACUUGUUUUCUUUGCCACGGGCAUGAAUUUUUAUCAGUGUGUUGGGAAUGUGGUCUGUUGUACCAAAUGUUCUAAAACAAGUGCAUGAAUUUUUAUUUUCAAAUAUCUAAUUAUUUGUAUUAUGACACGUAA